AGAGAGAGAAAGCAUAACUGAAGGUGAGUACUCAAAAAAAAAAAAAAAAAAAAACAUUAGAGAUCCAAGUGUUCUUACAUCCAAAGAAGUUCUUUGUUUCUUUGUUAAUUUUUAUCCUUAUAUUUUCUCGGUUUAACUUCUUGGAAUAACUAUAUUCAAAGCCAAGUUUUUUAGGGUUUUCUUAGAAUCUCCUCUUCUCAAAAUUUUAUUCGUUAAUUACACUUCUAUCCAUGGAUAUGUGUCAGCGUAUAGAGAGGGGUGUGUUUUUUUUGUGGGGGUGGUGAUAUUAUGUGUGCUAAGAGAGAAGAAGAGGUAGCAAUAGAAGACGUUGAUCAUCAUCAUCAUCAUCAUAAUACUCAAAGUUUUCAAGAACAAAUCACCCUUCAAGAAAUUCAACAACAAAACAUGGGUAUAAAUGAUUAUUCAUAUAGCAACACUAGGCUAAUGUUUCCAUCAUCAUCAUCAGAGAUCUCUCAUCAUCAGCAUGAACCAUCAUGGAGUACCCUACCUCAAGUAUUCCACCAAAACAGCAGCUUCAACCCACUUCUUCAAUAUCCGACCCGAGAGCACGAUCCCUUUAUCUUCUCUCCACCACCACCGCCGCCGCCUCCUCCCUUAUCAUGCUACGGCGGUUUGUUUAACAGAAGGGUACCAGGCGGCUUACAGUUUGCGUAUGAAGGUGGUACAUCAUCAUCGGAUCAUCACUUAAGACUCAUAUCGGAGUCACUCGGGCAUGCGGUUCAACCCGGAUCCGGCCCGUUUGGACUCCAAACUGAUAUCGGUAAGAUGAGUGCUCAAGAGAUCAUGGAUGCUAAAGCUUUAGCAGCUUCAAAAAGCCACAGCGAAGCAGAAAGAAGACGUAGGGAACGAAUAAACAAUCACCUUGCAAAGCUUCGAAGCUUACUCCCUAGCACCACCAAAACGGACAAGGCAUCAUUGUUAGCUGAAGUGAUACAACAUGUGAAGGAGUUAAAACGGCAAACUUCGAUCAUUGCAGAACAAAGUCCAGUUCCCACAGAGAUCGAUGAGUUGACUGUGGACAAUGCGUCUGACAAAGAUGGUAAGCUUGUGAUCAGAGCCUCAUUAUGCUGCGAGGACAGGUCGGAUCUUUUACCUGACCUCAUCAAGACUUUAAAGGCACUUCGACUAAGAACCCUAAAGGCCGAGAUCACAACACUUGGUGGACGUGUGAAGAAUGUGUUGUUUAUAACUGCAGAAGAAGAUCAUUUAAAUGGAAACGAUGAUCAGCAAAUGGUGAAUUACUCGAUAAGUAUGAUCCAAGAAGCCCUUAAGCAAGUUAUGGAGAAAACAAAUGGGGAUGAGUCUUCUCCUGGGAGUGUAAAGAGACAAAGAACAAACAACAUCAACAUCCUCGAGCAUCAUAGAUCUCUUUAACGACGACGAAAAUCACUAGUUAACUAGCCUAAUCUUAUGGAUUUUUUCCCCUUAAGAUAUUGGGUUAUAGGUUUGAAUUUUUUCUUUUCGUGUGGGGUGUUUUGCUUUUCUUUAGUUUUUUUUUGGGUCUUUUUGACAUGGGUAUGCUUAGUUUGUUGUUGAAAUUGUGUCUAUGAAGAACGAAAAGCAAGUACUAAAUGGGUGGUGUCCUUAUGUAUUUCCUAUCUCAUGAUAAAAGAGAUCUUUUUCGUGAGGAGAGAAGCCUAACAUAGAAGUGUCGUUUUUUGGAAGGAAACACUUGGUUUGUUUCUUGUUAUGUAGUGGAGCUUGUAUUUAUAACCACUUUCUCUCUCUACUCAUUUUUUCUCUCUCUAAACAUAUGUCAAGUUAGUGGCAUUAGUAUAAUGAUGAGAGGUGACGAUAUAGUUUGCAUCACC